UCUAUGGCAAUGAGUGUGCUGAUGCUCUUGCAAAAGAAGCUGCUAAUUCCCCAGCACCCAAUGGCGCGGAAGAGCUCACUCUCAUGGCCAGCAUUUGAAGAAUCCUCCGCAUAGAAGCAGCAAAUGCAUGGAAGACUGAAUGGGCUGCUUCCCCCCAUGGGAACUCCGUCCGUCGUUUAUGGAAAGAACCCUCAAAAGCACCAUUGCAGCUAUACCAAGGCCUUCAGAGAGCUGCUACAUCAGUCCUCAUUCAAAUGCAAACUGGGAAGAUUGCGCUGGCCAGUUACCUUGGUACCUUCAAGGCUGUGGAAUCAACUGAAUGCUCCUGUGGACGUGGCCUCCAAGACAUACGCCAUGUUCUCCUCCACUGCACCAACCAGGCAGGACCCCGGAUGCGCCAUCUUAUACAGGGAUCAAGACGGGAGCUGGAUUACCGGACCUACCUAACACAGCCAGACCUGGUACCAAAAGCAGUGCACUUCAUGCUUGAGACAGGCCUCACUCGGGGAAACCGGCAGCAUAACGCAGCCAAGGUUACACGCUUGCAGAAGUA